UCAGACAGCGCAACACAAAAGCAGACACGGAUGGAUUCUCUGCUCUCUGUGCCAUUCCUCAUGAAGAUCGUUUUGAUUUCUGCAUCAGCAUCUGCCCUCAACCUUGAAGGGGAACUUUUCAAGGACUUAAUGGAAGGAUACAACAAGAACGUGCGGCCCGUGGAGAAUUUUGGGGAUGUCACACAGGUCGAUAUCAAGAUGACUCUUACGAACCUCAUCUCCCUGAAUGAAAAGGAGGAGGCCCUGACGACUAGCGUUUGGAUCGAAAUGCAAUGGUGCGACUACAGACUCAGAUGGGACCAACCACCCCGAUCGGCUUUGUACAAGAACAUCACUUCGCAGCUCCGCGUACCCUCCAAGAACAUCUGGCUCCCUGGUGUCGUCUUGGAGAACAAUGUGGACGGACAAUUCGAAGUGGCGCUAUACAGCAACGCAUUGGUGUCACCAAAUGGCUGCGUGUACUGGUUGCCUCCUGCUAUCUACCGCAGCGCCUGUGCCAUCACUAUCAACUACUUCCCUUUUGACUGGCAAAAUUGCACCAUGGUGUUCCGCUCCCAGAACUACAGUGCCAAUGAGAUUGAACUUGUUCUGAAAAAGGAGGACAACCAAAUUCUGGAAUGGAUUGAUAUUGACCCCGAGGCCUUCACAGAAAAUGGAGAAUGGGUCAUCAAGCACAGGCCAGCAAAGAAGGUGAUCAACAGCAAAUACAGCAAGGACGACCUGGAGUACCAGGAAUUGGUUUUUUUUCUCAUCAUCCAAAGAAAGCCACUCUUCUACAUCAUCAAUAUCAUCGCUCCUUGUGUGCUCUUUUCCUCUCUCUGCCUACUUGUAUACUACCUACCCGCAAAAGCUGGAGGCCAGAAGUGCACCAUGUCUAUUGCCACUCUUCUAGGCCAGACUGUGUUUCUCUUCCUGAUUGCUAAGAAGGUCCCAGAAACGUCCAAGGCGGUUCCUCUCAUUGAAAAAUAUCUGAUGUUUGUGAUGUCUGUGACCACCAUGGUGGUGAUGAACUGCGUCAUCAGUCUGAAUGUUUCCCUGAGGACUCCAAACACUCACGUGAUGUCGGACAAAGUCAGAAAGAUCCUUCUAAACAUUUUGCCUCGGCUGCUGAGGAUGCAAAUGCAACCCUGGACACCAGAUCACGACACUUAUGUGGAAACCAGCAACGGUGACGCUACAGUAGACGAAGUUCAUAUGGUCCCGUGUCGGCGUCGCAGCUCCAUGACGCUAAUUAACAAGGCAGAGGAAUAUACAAUGAAAACAGCUCGGACUGAACUCAUGUUUGCUCGACUCAAAGAGAGAAACGGGCUAAUGAAGUCAGUGUUUGAAACGUUGAACAACGGCCUGGAAGGGGUAACGGCCGAGCGACUCAGUAUGAGCUUGGCAAAAGCUGCCCCGGAACUCAGGCAAUGUGUCGCCUCAUGUAAACACAUCGCCGAGACCACCAGGCAGCAGAAAACCUUUAAACACGAAAACGAAGAGUGGAUCCGGGUUGCCCGGGUCAUUGACAGAGUCUGCUUCAUUGUCAUGGCUCUGCUAUUUUUCGCCGGUACUAUUACAAUCUUCCUGUUAGGCCACUUCAACCAGCCUCCUCCUACGCCGUUCCUGGGGGAUCCUAAGAAGUACCUUCCCAUGACAAACAAUCUCACAGAGCAACCCGAUACCAGGACGGGAGUGGACAUUCUUGGGUGA